UGGCAAAACACCUAUAAAAAGAGCUCAUAAGAACAGAUAUAUAAAAGCAAAACUAAUAAAUUAGCAACAACGAAAAUGAAUUGCAAGAUUGGAUUCAUGAGCUUCGUGGUGAUGACUUCAUUAGUCAUCCUAUUUCUCUUGGUUUCAGGGAAAGUUGAAGCUAAACCCAAAUGCAUUGGAUCAUGUGAAAUACUUGGUGACUGUGGCAUCGCUUGCAUGAAGAAGGGAUACUUAUUUGGCCAAUGCGUUGGCUGGAGUAAUCCCAAUACAUGUUGUUGCGGCCAUUAAAUGUUUCAUAUCUUAAAUGUAUCCAAAAUCAUCAAUAAAAACUCUUAAAUAUCUUGAUUAGUAA